UAUCGCUCUGCGGGUUUAGCAAACACUUGCCAUCCCCCACCUACCCCCGGGAAACGGAAGUUGUAUGCUCCACAAGCACAGAGAAAUACAAGGACAUUGAGAUACACACUUGAAUUAUGAAGCUCGGCUCUGUAUCCGCAGUGGCCGGUCAACUCGGCUGACACUGCAGAAUGACCAGAGGUAGGAACAAGUGUAAGGUGUUGAUGGACUUUGAGUGACUGUUUGAGGCAGGACCCUCGGACUACAGUGGAGAUGGCGGCACAUAGUGUGAGCUUCGACUUAGACUUACUGGAGGAGGAACUAGAAAGCCCUGCAGAUGAGGAUGUGGUUCAUGACUCCUUCAGUCAGCUUAUUGAGGAACAGAGUCAAGAUCUUAAUAGUAAUGCAGAGGAAAUAGAGAUGUACCCUCUUAAGGAGGAGACCUCAGAUGAUUUUCCAACCUUUGCUGUUGAUGACUAUGGCACGACGACUGAACCCUUGGUGGAUGAAGGCUGGUCUUCAGCCACUCUCAAAGUUCUGUCCUCAAUGCCCAGCCGCACCAUUGGACGCAGUCGAGGGGCAAUCCUCUCCCAAUAUUAUACCCGCACCAUGCAAUUGUGCAGACACAGACAGAGCCGACCCUCCAUUCGCUCUUUCUCCCGCUCUGCCCGGCCCAGCAUCUGCGGCUACCGCGUCGAAAGCAAUGCUGAGGUCUCCGAUAGGGAGGAGACUAAGAGGGAGCGGCUGGUGAAUAACUUGCAGAACCUGUCUGUGGGUGAUCGUGUGCGCAUGCUGAAAGCUAUUCCGUUAAGCUUGGCAGAGAAGAGUGAACUCAGAAGUUUGACUAUGAAUAAAACCAGCCACUCUGUCUACUUCGACAAAGCCCCUUGCUGCAACCACCUCAAAGAUCGUAUUUUCAUUGCUCUGAGACAGAGCUGGUACAGCUGGCUGUCCUUCCUCUCCUCACUGCAAUUAUGGCAGACGGCUCUGAAGACGGUGAGUGGCCGCUUCGGGACAGGCGUCCUCUCCUACUUCGUCUUCCUCAGGAAGUUGUUCUUCUUUAACAUUUUCCUCUUCCUGGUGACUGGCCUCUUCCUGGUGGUCCCCCAAGCCGUGUGUCGUCCAGCAAUCACAGCCCCAUCUGUACAAUACGGCCUCGAGGUGCUCACUGGGACGGGUUAUUUUAAGGACUCCUUGAUGUACUAUGGCUACUAUAGUAACUACACUUUUACGAAGAACUGCAACAAUACUGAACAACAGUGUUCCUGUCGUACACAUAUCUCCUAUAACAUGCCUCUUGCCUAUUUCUUCACCAUCGGAAUGGCAUUCUUCAUCACCUGCAUCAUCCUCGUGUACAGCAUGUCCAAGUCUUUUGGACAGAGUUUCCGGAUUGACCGUUCCAAAGGUCUGCUUGCCAUAAAAGUCUUCAGUUCUUGGGACUUUAAAGUCAGUAAGAAAACCUCUGUUAAACUGCAAUCUGAAAACAUCACCACUCAGCUCAGAGAGUUGGUGGCAGAGGUGAACCGCAAGAAGGUGAAGUCUGCUUUAUUGACCCGUUUGGCGGUUCUGUCCAUCCAGUUGCUGGCCUGGAUAAUAUGCAUUGGGAUCACUGUUGUGUGUUCCCUUGGUGUUUACUUCUUCUCAAAGCAUGUGCACACGCCGACUUACACAAACACAACCAUUAAUGACCUGCGGACGGAAACUAGCAUGCUGGCUCUCCCUGUGGUGGUGUCUUCCAUUAACCUGCUUCUUCCCGGCUUUUUCAAUGUUGUGGCCUGGAUGGAAGAAUACGAGUCGCCCAGCACAAGCAACUACGUUGCCAUUUUCAGGAAUUUAAUGCUGAAAGUGAGCAUGCUUGGAGUCUUGUGUCACCAUUGGCUAGGUCGGGUUGCAUCUGACCAAACUAAAUCACAGUGCUGGGAAAGUUUUGUGGGGCAGGAACUCUAUAGAUUCCUGAUAAUGGACUUCAUCUUCACAAUGCUUGAUACCUUCUUUGGGGAGUUUCUGUGGGGAUUGUUUUCACAGAAGGUUCUGAAGAGGGAAAGAAAGCCGGUGUUUGAUAUUGCCCGGAACGUUCUUGAGCUCAUAUAUGGACAGACGCUAUCUUGGUUGGGAGUGUUGUUUACGCCCCUCCUGCCUGCAGUGCAGGUUAUCAAGCUGUUCCUGCUUUUUUACAUGAAAAAGACGAGCCUGAUGAUGAACUGUCAGGCUCCUAGAAAGCCAUGGAGGGCGAGUCAGAUGACCACGUUUUUUAUCACCCUCCUCUGCUUUCCCUCCUUCCUAGGCGCGUCAGUGUGUGUCACCUACACCAUGUGGACGAUUAAGCCAUCCAGCAACUGUGGGCCGUUCCGUGGCCUCAACACCAUGUUUCAGGCAGGAAAAAAAUGGGUAGAGGCACUGGCCAAGGAUAACUCUAACCUGCAUUGGCUCACCUGGAUUCAUACAUACCUGGUGGAAAAUCCUUUCUUUCUGUUUCUGGCUGCUGGAAUCUUUGUGAUAAUAAUCUACUUCCAUAGCCAAGUGGUGGACGGACAGAGGAAGAUUAUUGAACUGCUACAGGAACAGAUUGAAAACGAGGGAGAAGACAAGAAGUUUCUCAUCACUAGAUUACAGGACAUCCAUGAGCAGAAACGGCCGCAGUCCAAACAUCGCAGCAGGACAACUAUAGAGGAGUCCAGUUUUACAUGACCGCUUCGAGUCCUCUGCUUCUCAGUGUAAAAAGUGUGACGUUGCAACUGGAGCCCUCUACUGUCCAGAGGCUGUGGUACAAGGCUACUGGAAGAAACUCUGCUAGCUCUCCACUGGUAUUACUACAGCUUGGGAUCAGGGAUCACACCAAGCUUUUACCGGACGAUGCAUUUUAUUGCUCCUCAGAGGAAUCUUUUUUUUUUAAUAUGUUCAAUUUCAAGCCGUUUCAUCUUGCAGAAACUUGCACUUUUUCUACAAAUGGUUUCUAGAUAGAUUUCUAGUAAAACUGCUUCAAAAAAAAAAAAUAAUGAAAUAAAAAGAGAGAGAGAGCCAGGAUAGGAAAAUGUUGUAGCAGGAAACUGAGAAAACAUUUAUAACUAUAACCAAGUCUGUGAAAAGAA